AUGGAAGACACAUCGUUUGUCAAGAGAGCUGGCUCGGCCGCUGACACCGAAGAGGACUUCUCCACCGUGCCCACCACCACCGCUGCUUCGGAAAGCGGUAUCGAAGACCUCAAUAUUUCUGAAACCGAUUCCAACGUACGCACCACUGCUUGUGACGACACUGCCAGGGUCACAGCCGACGCUUCGGUCAACGAGGCCGUGCCACCUCCAGCCGCAGCGCGUACGGCCGACGAACCCGCCUCACGCACCACUGAAGCCGACAGCACCUCUCUCGGCACCACCUCUUCCGGUCUGGUCCUCUUCGAUCUGACUGACAAGCCCAGCGGAAAAGCGUGCUUCUCACCCCAUACCGUCAAAACCUUGCUCGACCUCAAAUUGCUCAACAUCGGCUACGAACGUCAGCGUCUCUCUUUCAUCCAAAUUCGCAACGAACUCGCCUCCCGAAUCGCCGACAACGUCACCGUCCCUGCACUGGAGUUGAGCGACGGAUCGCACAUUGUCGAUUCGUGGAACAUCGCAGAGUACCUCGAGAGGAGACACCCGGAUGGUUGGAAGAUCUUUGGUGAUUCAGCGACAAAGAGGUUGGCUGCAAUGUUGAAUCAGUUUGGUAAGACUGUCUUGGCCCCGCAUAUUGGCCCGCUCGCGCAAAAGGGCGUCCAUGCUAUGUUGGACGAAGAAUCGGCGAGAUACUUUGCCGAGGUCAAGAUUGGCAGGCAGAGAUGGGCAAAGGUGUCAGGUAUGACCCAAGCGGAAAGGGAUGUACAUGUGCAGCAAGCAGUGGCAAAAUUGGAGGUGAUCAACGCCAUAUUGACCUGCGAAGGCGGAGCAGACUCCACGCCGAGUCAUCCAAUUGCGUCGGCCAGUGGUGGAGGAACUUCUACGUCGACGGAAGGCAGUGCAUCGAAUGGUAGAAGUGCAAGUCGAACUAGACAGUCAGUCUGGUUGGCCGGUGGAGACCAACCUACGCAUGCCGACUUUGUUCUGUUUGGAUGGUACGUCUUUACGCGUGCGGCGGGACAGAAGACGGCAAGGGAGAUCUGGCAUGCUCACAAACCGAUUGCCACGUGGGUGCAGGCGAUGCUCGAAUGGUCGGGUGAGUUGGCAGAUGAUUUCGUGUAA